AUGAAAAGCGCUCUGUGUGUGUCGUUGGUCCUGCUCCUCCUGGGAUUCGCCAGUGCCUAUAGUUCAGGCAGUUCGAGUGGCAGUUCCUCGCCCAAGGUGUGUGUCCUGAAGAACUGCGACUGGUACUCGACGACGAAUGCCUGUGGCAAGUUUGGUCGCUCCAAUCUCUGCAAUCGCUUCAAGAACAGCUGCGCCCUGCGAUAUGAGAACUGCGUCGGUUCCACCACCUACACGGCGGUCAGCCUGUCCCAGUGCUCCGGAAUCAGCGAGGGAUCCCGAGGAACCUGCGGUGGAUCUUCGUCAUCCUCAUCCUCAUCCUCAAACGUUAAGCCCAUUAUUAUACGCAGGGGUUGA